AUGAAUAUAAUCCUUGAUAGGCAAACAAGCUUUUGCUAUUUUUCUAAUAGUUCUAAUAUUUCUUAAGUUGAUUAAUUUGAUUAAAAAUACAUUUCAAAUAAUAUAUGCGAUUUAACAAAUUUUGGUUACUAUAACAUUACCAACAAUCAAAAUUAUACAUUAGUAACUGCAGUAAAUAAUUAAUUUUUUGUUCUGUAAAACAGCAAAUAAAUCUAAAUUGUAGAUUAGUUUUUUGAAUAUCUAUAAUUGCACAAUUAUUCUAAUUUAAAUUUUACUGAUUGCUUGAAAUCAACAUCUUAUAAUUUAACUUUAUCUUCUAUUUGUUAAAACGACACUGCAUAAUAUUGGCUAAGCAUUUCUUUUGACUCUAAUGGAAUUGUUAUAGAUAUGAACUCAUUUUCAAUUCCUAAUAGAUUUACAAAUGUAUCUAAAAUAAAUAAUAUAGCUAACCUUAAUUUUAUAUUAGGUACUUACGAUUCUUAUUAUUCCAACUUGUAUGGUAAGCUCUAUUUAUUUAACUCAUCAAACAGCAGCAUGCAAUAACUAUAUGACUAUAAUUUUUCAUGUCAAGAUUUUUCAGUAGCUUUAUAUAAUUUAAAUUCAGAUAUCAAUGAGGAAAAUUUAGUUAUUAUUUUAUACAUUAUUGAUUAUCUUGCCUUUUCUUAAUAUAUAUUUAUCAGAAAUAACUCAAUUUCUUUUCAAGAACCUUCAGCUUUGAUGUGGAUUUAUAACAAUAUUUUCGGGGUUUAAAUUUAAAUUUUACAAAUAAUUAACGAUGAAUUAUUCAUGCUUAUCACUAGUAUUGAAGGUGUUGGAUAAUUUUUAGUUUACAGUUUAAAAUAAUACUUGUUUGAAAGAGUUAGAUAUAUUAUCACUUCUAUCCCAGCCUAUGGCGAUUUGAAGCCAAAUACAAUUUCUAUUUAUUCUAAUGGUUAUUUACUUCAAUAGUUUAAAAAAGGAUAUAACUAUAUUAUAGGAGUUUAUUAAAUAAGUAAAUUACUUAAUAAUAAUUUGGAAGAGCCUAUUUUGAUGCUAGAAUCUAUAAAUUCUACAUCUCUUGAAUAUGCUUUAAUUUCUAAUUUAGAGUCUCAAAACCCGACAUGUCUCACAUUUAAUGAUGGAUCAGUUUUAUAUUAUCCAAUCUAUACUAGAACAUUAAAAUGUCAUUAUAGGAUACAUAAAAAAGAUGUCCAAGUGAACACUUAAUGCAUGAAUGAAUUUUCAAACGGAUCUUAUGAGUUAACAUUUAUACUUCCUGAUCUAGAUAUUCCAAAAAGCAAAUCGAUUUAUACAUUACUUAUCAUAAUAACAGCAUAAUUAAUAGCCUUUUAUAUUUUAAUAAAAUAUAGAAUGAGAAAUAUUGGUUAUAUCAAUACAGAAAUAGAAAUUUGA